ACACUGUUGGUGAAAUCUGUACUCAUUUCUAUCAGCUGGCCAAGUUUUCCUGCUUCAGGCUAAGAAGCUGUGAUUACCAUUAACCACCAGGAUUAAUGCUUGCAGUAGAGUAAUCUGAUUUUUCUUAAAUUGAAUUCUUUUAUAGCCAGGUAUUAAGAGCAACUUAUUAAUAUGACAGGAAUAUUAAAUGUCUCUGUGUGACAGCCACUUACAGGGAAAGAUGUCAUGUGUUUAGAUCCAUUUAUCUCCAUGCAUGGACAUCAUAAUUUUAUCUAUUUUUAGAGAAGAGAAUAUGUCCAUAAUGGCACUGGAAUACUUGUGGGUUUAAAACAAACAAAUCCCACUCUAUUAAAAAGGACCCAAAGACCUCCCUCCCAGAGGCCAUCUGCAAGCUCCUUACAAUUACAGGAAAUACAAAAAUACAUUUUGCCCACCACUUACUGUAAAAAACUGUGUGUCCCUUCCAAAGAUGAAUUAAUAUCUGCUUCAUAGAGAAAAUAACCCACGAGAGUUUUAUAGACGCUUAAUAAUUUACAGCGAAAGGAAGAAACAUUAAGAGGAGCUAAUUCUGGCCUCAGUGGGUAGCAGAGAGAACAGAACACUUGUUUAUGACUCACUUUCUCUCCCUGAAUGCAAGACAGACAAGUAGGCCAGGGAAGAGAUCAAAGAAAGUCACUCCUUUCAGCAGGAGAAGAUGAGGGUCUUAAAGAUGUGAGCAAAUCCCUGACACAACUUAAGUAUAAAACACAGCCCAACUGCUUCCUUUUCUGUUUGCACUUCUGACUGGUUGAUUUAAUGAAAGGAAAACACCUCUAAAAUACAUAUACCCAUGUCUUGCAGAUAGAAAUGUCUCCUCUGAUAACCACAGAACAGCCAAGGGCUGCUUGACUUGGUGUCCUCCUGUCCACUGUCCCUUCCCAGCUACCGUUACUGGAGAGCCACAGAGUGGUUCAUAUGAGACUGAGAUACUGGGGGUUAAGAGGACCCAGAGCCUGGUUUAUUCCUCAGCAGCCUCCCAACAGACCGGUGGAUUCAGUCGCAGCUGGAAAUAGUGGAAGUGUGGAUUGUUUCAGGAAGAGAAGAAAGGGGAGUUUAAGUAUUGCUUUAGCAGCAGAUGGCUUUGCUUCCGAUCCUUUCAUGCACAAAGGAGACGUGUGUGCUGGCUUGGUAACCAACUCAAAACGGGAAAAGAUCAAUUGGUAAAGGCAGUGUGGAUUUGACUUGAAUUUUGCAUCAGGUAAGAAGUCAGAGAAUCCAUGCAACUGUGGCAAAAGUUACUGAAAUACAGCUUUUGAAGGAUUGUUGUAGUCUGUACAUCCUGUAUUUAAAACUGAAUAGAAAGUUUCCUCCGCAUUUUAUCUGUGCACCACUUUGGAACUGAAUAAACAGAUGAUGUUUGCAACUGAAAUAUUCACUGGUCACUCUGAAGGGAUGGGACUAUGCAUCUUUAACAUAGCCUCUCAAAACUCUGGUAUUUAUUACUAGGGGUGAAGCAUGACCUCCUGCCAGCUAGUUUUCCAGUAAUUCCUACUUCAAAAAGGAAUUAAGGUUGGAAACAACCUCUUUCUGGCCAGAAAGCUGGACGGGAAAUGCUUCAUGAUGGAUAAAGCCAUUCAGGACCCCAGCAAGAUUCUGGCUAAUCAGACUAUCUCCAACAUCAGCUAUUCUCAGUUCUUGAACUUUGACACGUGCCAGCCCUCCUUCCUUGCAGAAUCCUUGCUUAUUACAGCCUACACAUUAGUUACAAUCGUGGGGCUUUUUGGAAAUCUUUGCCUGAUUGUUAUAAUAAAAAGAAGGAAAGAAGCUCAAAACGUCACCAAUAUUCUGAUUGCCAACCUCUCUUUAUCAGAUGUCUUGAUCUGUAUCAUGUGUAUCCCUGUCACAGUUGCAUAUACCUUAAUGGACUAUUGGAUAUUUGGGGAAGCUAUGUGUAAAAUAAGUUCCUUCAUACAAAGUAUAUCUGUCACAGUCUCCAUUUUCUCACUUGUAUUGAUUGCUAUUGAGAGAUAUCAGUUAAUUGUGAACCCCCGUGGCUGGAAGCCUAAUAUUUCACAUGCUUACUGGGGAAUUCUUUUCAUCUGGGGGUUUUCCCUUGUAAUAUCCAUUCCUUUUUUAAUAUUUCACCAAUUAACUGAUGAGCCCUUCAAACACUUGUCUUUCCAUAGUGAUUUCUACAAGAACAAAGUUGCUUGUAUUGAAGCAUGGCCAUCAGUUACAGAAAGACUCAUUUUUACCACUAGUCUGCUGGUUUUCCAGUACUGCUUCCCACUGGGGUUUAUUUUUAUCUGUUAUCUCAGGAUAUUUGUAUGUCUUCGAAGGAGACACGGGAAAAUAGACAGGAUGAGAGAGAAUGAGAACAGACUGAGUGAAAACAAAAGGAUUAGCGUGAUGUUGGUAUCAAUUGUUGUGACUUUUGCAGCUUGCUGGUUGCCUCUCAAUGUGUUCAAUGUGGUUUUUGACUGGAACUACGAGGCACUAAUGAGCUGUAAUCAUAAUCUAGCAUUUACAAUAUGCCACCUCGUGGCCAUGAUCUCAACGUGUGUCAAUCCCAUCUUCUAUGGGUUCCUCAACAAGAACUUUCAGAAGGACUUGGUAGUAUUAGCUCAGCACUGCAGAUGCUCAGCGUCAGAAGAGGUAUAUGAAAACAUUGCCCUUUCAAAUCUCCAAACUGACGCAUCAAAGGGAUCUCUGAAAUUAAAUAAUCCCCCUCUGGAGAUCUAGAACAAUCCAACAGGUUCUGAAGUCUUGCCCUUUGGUGCAGAUGACCACUUUCUGUAGGUCUAGAUCAUGUCAUCACUGAGUUUAGAGGAUGCUGUUGGCAUUUAGUUCAGCAAAAAGAGGAUUAUGCUCCCAUAGGCACACUCUUACGAUGGUAUUAAUGCUAAUAAAACCACCUCCAAGAG